UGUAAGACUGAGGUUAUAGUCUGACGCUGACAAGAAGAGAAGAUAUCCUACAAUAUUUGUGACAUAAGAUUCCUGAUCAUCUUCCAUCCUUCCUUAUAUUAACUGCUGGUCACUUUGGGUCUUCUGUUUCCUGCAGAUACUAAAGAUCACCAUGAUGAAGCUGAUGACUGCUUCUGCACUUCUCUUUGCAAUGGCGACCCUGACCACUGCUGCUGGAGAAUGGUAUCUUGUGAAGAAGUCCCCAUCUUGUCCCUGUGGUUGGACUGAGUACUACAACCAGUGCUUCAUCUAUGUUGCUAAGCCCAUGAGCUGGGCUCAGGCUGAGAUAAACUGUCAGUCCAUGAAUGCAAACCUUGCAUCUACGCAAAGCCUUGAGGAGUACCAGAUGAUUCAGAGGCUGAUAUCUGAUACUACUCAGCAGGAUGGACAUGCUUGGAUUGGCGCUUCGGAUGCAAUAAAGGAAAAGUUUUGGUUUUGGAGUGACGGGACCCCUCUCAAAUACACAAACUGGUGUACUGGACAGCCUGAUAACUUUCAGGGCAAUCAGAACUGUGCAUAUGUAAAUUUCUCAGACAAAAAGUGCUGGGAUGACGGUGGCUGUGAAUCUUUUAUUCCAUCUGUCUGCGCCAAGAAAAUCUGAUGAAAGCACAAAUACUUCACACAAGAUAUCACCUGAAGAAUCUGUGUGUCAUUAUACAUCUUUUAUCUCCUUUAUUGCUGUAAUGCUACGCAAGGAAUGAAGCGACAAGUAACAUAAACAAGAGCUGGGUUGUCUCUUAAUACAAGAGAAAUGAAUUUGUUGUGGAAAGAAUGCUUUUAGCCCAGUUUCAUUUAGAUGUAGACUGAACUCUUAUCUCUCAUCUUCUAAAUCAAUAAAAAAAGAGCAUUGAAUGAA